GACGGUGUUUUAUUCUUGGUCCAUAUCAAAACAAUCAUCAAUGGAAGAUAAAAUCAUUGCUUUAAAAUGCGGCAGACGACAUGCAGUAAAAGAUUUAUUGAAAAUGAAAGGAAAUCUUAUGUGUCAAACUGAUGAGCUAAUAAACCUUAUAAAAGAGAGGCAACAUGAAUUGUGCUUUAAUAUAGAUGAGUUAUGUCAUAAGGACAUUUGGUUAUGUGAUGAUAUGUUGUAUGAAUGUUGGCUUUCAUCGCCUGGCUUUGAAGAUGAUUUGAAAUCCUUAAAAGAUAUUAUAGCUGAAGAGAUAGAUAAUUUAUCAAGAGAUAUGCUACGAUACGACGAAAGAUUUGAGCAGUUAAACUUAGACAUCAAAUGUGUUGCAAAAAUUUUAAAAAGCUUUGUGAUUAAAGAAAGAAUGGCCCAUGAAAAUUCAAAAUUCGAUUCUGAAGAAUCAAGAACAAAGCAGAUUUUUAACCCUUCAGGAGAGUGUACUUUGGCUUCCAAUUGUUCUGGUGGAAGUAAAACAUUAUCAGAUGAUUCUUUCGAAGUGAUGGAAACAACUGAAUUGUGUGAGGAAAGCACGAUUGCAUGUGAAAAGCAUGAAAACUUGAAAUCAAUGAGAAGCCCACAUAUUCCUGAUGUUUCGAAACCUUCUUUAAAGGUAUCAGAUUGGUUGCACCGAAAUGAUAACAUUGGUGCAAAAUGUAUAGUAGUUACUUUUUCAUGUAAUGGUGAAAAAUACAUCGAAAAAGUAACGAAGAAUAGCUCACAUGUUCCGAAUAGUAGGAAAUCUUCUUUGGAGGUGUCCGAUUGGUUGUAUAAAAAUGAAAGUAUGGACACAAAAUACAAUACAAAUUCUUGUUCAUCCAAUUUUACAGAACCUGAUGAUAAAGAAACCAAAAUUGUAACUCCACUUAUUCCUGAUGUUUCAAAACCUUCUUUAAAGGUGUCCGAUUGGUUGCAUAAAAAUAAAAGUAUGGACACAAAAUACAAUACAAAUUCUAGUUCAUCCAAUUUUACAGAACCCGACGACAAAGAAACCAAAAUUGUAACUCCACUGCAGAUGACUGUAGAAAGUGAACCAGUAUUCCAUACAGUUCCAAAGAAUAAAUAUUUAGCUAAUUUCCUCACUUGUCAUGGACAAAAAGUACCGAAAAGUGUUCAAUUUGUCGAAGAUAUUUCCACAUUCCUAAUAACUAAAAAUGAUUCAUCUGAAUCUUCUGCCAUUAGAGAUGAUUUGAAAAUAUGGUUAAGCGACAACUCUAAAAGUGGAGGAGUUAAAUCAAUUAGUACCCAACCAUUGAAUGUCGGUAAAGAGCAGUCAAAUACAGUACAGUCGCACCCAGUUAGUAGUGAUUUGAAAACUUGGGUAAAUAAUAUUGAUUCCAAAGAGUUGGAUACAUCAGCUAAUAUUGUACUACGCAAUACCAAUUCAAGUCCUGCAAAGGUAGUAGAACAGUCAUUUUCUUCAUAUUUUGUUAAAGACGACCAUAAAGAGUGGCUAUGUUCUGGAAAGUGCGUUUGAGAUGGAUAUUUUUAUUUUUAUAGAAAAUUAAAUUAUUUAAUAUAAUACAAAUUAUGUCAUUAUACUUGUUUAAUAUUUAUGCUUUAGAUAAGCUUGUGUUAAAAUGAUAAGAACACAAUAAAUAAAAUUCAAAUGUAUAUGUAUUCAGUGUAUAAAUCAUUACAGCUGUUUUUAAUACCUCUAAGAGCCUUUUCUUCUGUAUAGUGAAUUUAAUCAGAUGAGACAAAUGUGUCACUCACUUACAAUUCUCAAUUACUAAAUUAAAUUAGUAAGCAUGAUUGAAAAGAUCUUCAGUUGUCUUGAAACAACUGUAUUCCCUUACGUUAAUUUGAGUAUUAUUUUGCCUCCUAGGUCACACAAAAAUUAAGUUUUUGAUUUUAUGUUUAUGAACCUACAAUGUUUGGUUGAAUCAAAAUAAAAGGGGUGUAUUUAAGAACAUUAUGAACAUUUUGCAGAACAAUUUCUUUAGAAUUGUGUAAAACCAAAAAUUAACUAUUCAAAAAAUCAAAUGGAUGUUUGACAUUGGGAAAUAACAGUAAAAAUUAAUAGUUCUUAAAAAGAAUAAAAAUCGUUAAACGUUAUGAUGAUGCAAAAUUUAAUAGCUUUUCGUUACAUCAUGAUGUUUGCUCACAACGGUGCAGAUAGGAUUCUUUUGUCUCAGAUACUGAAGUGGUCAUAAAUGUCAACCUAUCCAUCUGACUGUUGCUUGUGCUGGUGAACAUAUAAAAUGUAGGAAGAAUUAAAAUUUUUCCACUUUAGAGGUCUUUUGCAUUGAUAGACUUUCAAAAAUGUACACUCAUCUCAAUUUUACUUUAUUACAAACUUUACACCAGCAUAAAAUUAUUUCUUUAAGGCUCACUUAGUUCAAAAUGAACAUCAUUCUGUAAUUAUCUAGUACACUUUUCAGUUUUAUUUCUAACCGGGCUUCUUCCUAUUGACUGACCAUGGUACUCUCCUACAUAAAAUGUUGUUUUAAAACUAUUUCUUUUUUAUCCAGCAUUCGAAUUAAAAUAGCUUUUUACAAAGCAUGAAAGAGAGUUAACUUAAAAAUUAGCAACAUUGCAUCAAAAAUAGAGAAAAAGAUAGCUACCAUAAGACUUGACUAACUACAAAAAGUACAUCUGAAAAUGCAAAAUUUCUCUUGUUGUGCAUCAAACGUGUACUUUGCUGAACAUGUGGAUUACUUAAAAUGUAUUUUUAAAAAAUACUUUCCUUCAAUUUUCAUACACUGAAUCAAUGUAAAACUUACAAAUUACCAAAUAUUGUAAUAUACCAAAGAAAUUGGAGCUAAAAGCAUUACUUUCAAAUUAUGCGCAUGAAUAAUAAAAUAGUAUGCAUUUUUUAGCUUUAUAGUGACCGAGAAAUUAAAAUAGAAAUUUUUCGACUUGUCUUGAUUGGGAAAUUAUGAUCAAUUGUCUUCAGCUCUUAAAACUCUCCAAAAAUAAGUGUAAAACCUUGAAUUAUUUUCAACAUAAAUAAAUGUUGACAAAUACAUGAGGCAAUGAUAAGCAAAGGGAUGUAAGUGGACAUUUUUAAGUUAAGCACGUUUUAAGUUCGUCCCAGGUAGGCUUUCGUUGAAAAGUUUUUAAAAAUCAAACUGUAUAGCAGCACCUACCACGGCGUCUAGUACUAUCUCUUUCCCCAAAACAGAGGAUUGGUUCACCUAUUUGUGUACUGGUUACUCCAAAUUUUUAAUCUUAGCACUUACAUCCCUUUGCUUUUCAUUGCCUCAUAUAUAAGUAUAUAUUAGAUAUUAGAGACGUACCAAGUAGCACUUUGGCCGAGUACCGAGUACUCGGCCUUUUAUUACUCUGCCGAGUACCGUGUUACUGAGUACUCGGCAGAGUUCCAAGUACCAAUUAUGUUUUAAGAAGAACCACAGACACACAUGUGAUGAAUUUUGAACUUAUUGGAAUAGUAGUAUAAACCUCCUUGUCCAUAUAAUAGUUUUUAAAUCUAAAUUACUGCUGAAAUUUAAUUACGCAUUAUAUAUAUACAAUUUUGUUUGUGUCAAAUUUUACAAAAAAAUAAUUUUUUAAAUUAAAAAUAAAUAAAUAAAAGGUAUGAUUAAUCAAGUUGGAAUUAAAACAAAUUACAGUAAAAUCCCUCUAAUGCGGACACUAACAGGACAAAUUUUUUUCUGCAAUAUAGAGGUGUCCGCAGGACAGGGGUUUAAUAAUGUUAUUUGCAUUGGAACUGGGGAAUUAAAAAUUGUCCGCAUAAGAGGGGUGUCCGUUAGGAGGGGUUUCACUGUAUACCAAUCAAUUAUAGUUCUAAUCUGCCAAACAAAUAUUUUUUAAAAGCAGAUAAAACAAAUGUGCAGGAACAUUCCAGACACGUGUUUCUGCCCCCCCCCCCCCCCCCCGUUACAAGGAACGUCUUUUUCAGUGCAUAACAUGUAAGCUAAAGAAUGUAAAGACAUUCAACAAAAAAAUACGACUUUUGUUGGAUGCCUUUAAAUCUACGAGCCCCCAUUUUGUGCAAUGAAAAAGGAAUUCCUUGUAAUGCCAAAACACGUGUAUGCAGAGUUCCUGCACUGUACUCUUAAGGUUGUUUUAUUUUUUAAGCAAAGGUAUUUUUACAUUUUUUAUAACUAAUUUUUGUUUGUAGCAAAAAUCCAUUUUUAAUAUAAAAAUUCCAUAUUUUCUAUACUUACAUUUUUUGCGUAAUUUUUAAUAAAUAAGUUUUAUCAACUUUGGGGACAUAAAAAUAAAGAUUUAUUCCAUUGAAGCAUUACAAACUUAAUUAUUCUCAAAAUUUAAAUUUGACUUAUAAAUUUUAAUUGUAAAUGAUUGCAGAAUAUAAUGCUUGCUCUUUUUUUAUAAAUUUUAGUAUCUGUCUUGGACAAUAUUCAAUUUUUUGCAACUACUCGGUAUUGGCCGAGUACCGAGUAGUUACCGAGUACUCGGUACGUCUCUAGUAUAUAUUGAGAAAAAAUCUUUAAUAUCACUUUAUUAUGCCCUCAUAUGUCACUGGUGAAUUGAAUAAUGAAAGUUAUAAAUUAUUUUUUAUGCUAAAAAAUUCUAACUAAAUUCCAAAUAACUGUUACCGUGCAAUAAUAUACAUGUAUGAAUUCGACUGAUCAAAAAUGAAGUACAAUUAUUUUUAUGAAUGUAUGUAAGAUAAUCAAGUUAAAAUUAUGACCUUUGAUGUAUUUGUAGAAUUUUUAUUUGAAUUAGAUGACAUAUUUAGUUUUUGUAUCCUGA